AUGUUCUAAGUGCGAAGCAAUAUCAGCGAAUUAUGUAAAAAUAGGAAUAGGACUAUUAGCAUUCAUACUAAUUAUCUAUUUUAUUAUUUAUAGCAAUUUUAAUAAAAUUUAGAAUAUCAUUUAUCAGCAGUAUCUCAUGAAAAUGAAUAUAAUUUUUAUAGGAACUAGUUUUACUAAAUUAGGUUUAGCUUCAGUCUACAUCAAAAUUGUAUCAUUUCAUGCAUCGAUUAUUAUUUUUCUUCAAAAUUAAUUGGAGAUCAACUUAAAGGACACAAUACUUUCUAUGUCACUUUAAUAUGCUGUUAAUCCUAUUUAGAGCAGUUUUGCCUCAGUUAAUUGCCUUCUAUAUGA